AUGUUCUUUAGAUCUUCAAGCAAGCUCGUUGCACCAGUGCUCAGACGCACUUAUUCUACAUCAAGAUGGUCAAAGGUCGUCAAGGGACCAGAGGACCCAAUCUUGGGUGUGAGCGUUGCCUUCAACAAGGACACCUCACCAUCAAAGAUCAACUUGGGUGUCGGCGCCUACCGUGACGACAACGGAAAGCCAUACGUAUUGGAGUGCGUGAAGAAGGCCGACAAGAAGAUCUACGAAGCCGGCGUCGACCACGAGUACGCACCAAUCGUCGGUGUGUCGUCGUUCAACAACGCCGCCGUGCAGCUGGCUCUCGGCGAGGACUGCAAGGCCCUCAAGGAGAAGCGCGUCGUCACCGUGCAGGCCAUCUCCGGAACCGGUGCCCUCCGUGUUGCCGCCGCCUUCAUUGCCCGCUUCCUGCCUGGCGUCACUGCCUACGUGCCCAACCCAACCUGGGGCAACCACAACGUGAUCUUUGCCGACUGCGGCGUGCCCGUCAAGUCCUACACCUACUACAACCCACAGAACUGCGGCCUCAACUUUGACGGCAUGUUCAAGGACAUCCAGUCGGCACCCAACGGCAGCGUCAUCCUGCUGCACGCCUGUGCUCACAACCCAACCGGAGUCGACCCAUCGAUGGAGCAGUGGAAGAAGAUCUCGCAGCUGUGCAAGGAGAAGAACCACUUUGUGCUGUUCGACUUUGCUUACCAGGGAUUCGCCUCGGGCAGCCCGGAGCAGGACGCCGAGCCAGUGCGCUACUUUGUCAACGAGGGUCACGAGAUCGCCCUCUGCCAGUCGUUCGCCAAGAACUUUGGUCUGUACGGUGAGCGCAUUGGCGCCUUCUCGUUGAUCGGAUCGACCCCCGACGAGGCCAUCAACAUCGAGUCACAGCUCAAGAUUCUAAUCCGUCCAAUGUACUCGAACCCACCCGUGUACGGUGCUCGUCUCGUCUCGACCAUCCUCUCCAACAAGGACCUGACCGCCGAGUGGCGCUCAGAGGUCAAGCUGAUGGCCGACCGCAUCAUCAACAUGCGUGAGCAGCUCGUCAAGUACCUGAAGCAGCACGGAUCGACCCGCGACUGGAGCCACAUCACCAACCAAAUCGGAAUGUUCUGUUACACUGGUCUCACUGGCGAGCAGGUCGAUCGUCUGGCCUCAGAGUUCCACAUCUACCUCACCCGCAACGGUCGUAUCUCUAUUGCCGGUAUCACCCCACGCAAUGUUGAGUACCUUGCCAAGGCCAUGCACAAGGUCACUUCCGAGUCCAAGUAA